AUCUGUGUUCUAUGGUUAUUUGUUACUGUUUUGUUUUUGCAAUCUAACCUAAUUGACCCAAUGAAUAAAUGAUAUUUAUAUAAUAUAAUCAAUAAGAAUAUAGAUGAACAAUAAGAAAUGUAUCCUUUCAAGCAAGGAUACGUAACUAGGAUUUUAAAAUUAAUAGAGAAUGAGUUCGGUAAAUCACAAAGAAACAUUAAUGUCAGCUCAAAACUGUUCAAACAAUUAUCGCAUGAGGAAGCAAGAAAUAAAAGAAUACGAUCAACAUUGUAUUAUGUUGCGGCUGCCGGGGUAGUGACUGCUGGUAUGAGCUAUGCAGCUGUUCCCUUAUAUAGAAUGUUUUGUCAAGCAUACAGUUAUGGAGGCACUGUCUCUGUGGGACACGAUGAUAGUAAAGUUGAAACGAUGACCCCAAUCAGACAAAGACCCAUUAGAAUUAAAUUCAAUGCUGAUAUCUCUACUAGUAUGAAAUGGAAUUUCAAACCACAACAAAAAGAAAUGACAGUUGUACCAGGAGAGACAGCCUUAGCAUUUUAUACAGCAAAAAAUCCAAGUUCCAAACCGGUAAUAGGUAUAAGUACUUAUAAUGUUAUUCCUUUUGAAGCUGGACAGUACUUCAAUAAGAUCCAAUGUUUUUGUUUUGAAGAACAACAGCUAAAUCCUAAUGAACAAGUGGAUAUGCCGGUAUUUUUCUAUAUUGAUCCCGAGUUCAUUGAAGAUCCAUAUAUGAAAAAUGUUGAUGAAAUUAUUUUGUCAUAUACAUUUUUCGAAGCGAAACAUGGAGUGAAUUUGCCUGUUCCAUCUUAUGCUAAAUAGACUAUUUAAUUAAUUUCUGUAAAUAAACGUAUUAAGUAUUUA